GAAGUUGAUUUAACAAGUGAUAAUCAAUAAAGGAUUAUCGCUUUCACCUGGAUUCACCUGGUCAGUCUAUGUCAUGGAAAGAGCAGGUAUUCUUAAUGUUUUGUAUACUCAGUGAAUUUCACAAUAGCGUCCAUUAGUGAAUUAAGGUCUAAACGAGAGCAAAACAUGACCAAUGGGUCUCUGUAGCACCACCUAGUGCUUUUGUUGUGAGUCUGAUUGCUCUACAUCGAGGUUGAACUUUGCCUUUUGUGUCAUGACAUGCUCAUUUUUCUAGCGAACCGAUAGCAAUUCCUGACUUGGGGGAUAGAAGAACGACUUAUAACAAAGUCUUGCAAUAUCUACCUACAAAUAGUGAACUAAUUCCAGAUCAAUGUACAUUCAUUUCAAUUUGAGACAUUGAAUUGCAUUCCAAUUGUUUUCCUAAUAUGAUGUGGUUGUUUUUCCGAAUUCCAGAUCUUUUCAUCAGAAAACUUGAUCAAAUGUUUUUUAAUAUCUAUAUUGUUUUUUAUGUAGCAGAUGCACAUACACAUGUGAUGAGUGGUAGCAUUUGUUUGUUUGGGACCCAGGACAGCGAUGUACAGCCUAUAAUAUAGUAUAGAGUAAAAUAUAUGAAUGCAUUAUCAAACAGGACUGGCUCCUGCUGGAGGGAAAAUUAUAACAAAAUAAUAUUUGUAGCUUCUUCUAUAAUCAUAUUAGGUAGAAUAGUAUAGUGGUGUAGUUUUAUUAACUCUAUAGUGUGAAAUAUAGUAGGCCUAUUAUGAUUUGGUGUGAGAGGUUGAUUAAGAGAGAGAGAGAGAGAGAGAGAGAGAGAGAGAGAGACAGGGGAACGAGGAGGGAAGAGAGGAAACGAGAGAGGAAGAGCUGUCUAUGGAUGCGGCUUGGACAGAGGGGACUCUGAAUGCGCACUCUUCACUGACGAGGAACAGCAAGCUGCAGACAUGGAGGCAAAAGGCAUUGGCAUGCCCCAAGUCAUGGUGUGGUGGGAGAAGGGGAUCCAGGUUGUCCUCACCACUUUGGGGGCGUUUGCAGCCUUUUCCCUGAUGGCGGUGGCCAUCGGGACGGACUACUGGCUGUACGCACGGGCCUUCAUCUGCAACAGCACGGCCAACUCCUCCCAGGACGACCCCAACAGCAAGGACAAGAAAGACCCUGGUGCCCUCACCCACUCUGGCCUCUGGAGGAUCUGCUGUCUGGAGGGGCUGAAGAGAGGAGUGUGUUCUCAGAUCAAUCAUUUCCCGGACGAUGCAGACUAUGAUCAGGAUGCAGCAGAGUAUCUCCUGCGUGUUGUCCGAGCCUCCAGUAUCUUCCCCAUCCUGAGUGCUAUACUGCUUCUGAUGGGAGCGAUGUGUGUUGCAUCCAGCAGCUUCUACAAGAGCAAGAGGAACAUCAUCCUAGGAGGAGGCAUCCUGUUUGUGGCUGCUGGCCUGAGCAACAUCAUCGGUGUGAUCGUGUACAUCUCUGCGGCGCUAAGCGACAUCUCGCCCAAAAAGGACGAGGACAAGAAGUGGCAUUACUCGUACGGCUGGUCCUUCUACUUUGGAGGCCUCUCCUUCAUCCUGGCUGAGAUGGUGGGCGUCCUGGCCGUCAACAUUUACAUUGAGAAGAACAAGGAGCUGCGCUGCCGCUCACGCACCGAACUCUUCAAGAGCACCACGCACGCCAUGCUCCGCUUGCCCAGCUACCGCUUCCGCCGGCGCUCUCGCUCCAGCUCGCACUCUACCGACCCGCCACGCUCCCCCCGUGACACCUCACCCACAGACUCCAAGAGUUUUGCAUUACCGCCGUCUGCCCCGCCUUUCUCUGUGGCCACCCUGCCCAACCCGCACCAUGCUGGUGGAGGAGUAGGGGGCGAUAUCUCCAUGUAUACCCUGACCCGGGACUCCAAGAUGGGGAGUCUUGGUGGCGGCGGGCCCCCCCUCUAUGGCACGGUGGACCGGGCCUCCCUCUACCAGCUGCACAGCUACUUCCCCAAUGAGGAAGUGGGAGGGAUGAUGAGCGGUACACUGCCUUCUCUCUCCAAGUCCAACCUCUCUGCGGCGGGUCAGAAUGCCGCAGUCGGCGGCACUGCCAUUGCGCCCCUGAAUACCUUGUCGUCCUCCGGUCCUACCCCCCAGCAGCCACCUCUGUCCACUGGCACCAUGGAGAGAGAGAGGGGCAUGGGCACCCUGGACCGCCUGGGGGGAAAACGGAACAGGGACACUGACUCGGACACGCUGAACAGGAGAACCACGCCAGUGUGAGCCUUGGAGAUAGGAGCAAGAGCCAUGGAGGUGCAGGGCCAUCUCAGUCUGUUUUUGACUACUAUGAAUAUAUCUAUUCCACUGACGAGAAUAUCAAAUGUAUUAUUAACAACAUUAUUGAGUAUAUAUUCAUUUUGAAAUGCACAAUAUGUCUAUAGUUGUAAACUUUGGUUUGUCUUAUCAUUCUGAGUGCUUGAUUAUCAUAGCCAAUUUACAAGACUGUAAAGAUGGUAACUUCUUGAAUAUUAUCACAUUGCUGUUGUUUUAUUCUCGUAAUCGUAAAUGAAGGGUAAAUUUGUACAUUUUGAACUAUGAUUUUUGUAUUUUUGUAUUUCUUUAAAGUUUUCAUUGAUUUCUAGCUCCAUCACAUUAAAUCUGAUGUCGUCAUGCGGGAAGCAUGUGCGCAAAUUAUGAGUGUAAUAUUGUAUUUGUAUUUUAUUUUAAAUAUAUUUUAUUGGAUUAUUAUUAAUAAUAAUAUUGUUACUAUUAUUAUUGUUAUAAUUAUUGUUAUCAUCACAUUUUUAAGGCUAUUAUUUUUGUUUGUUAAUACAGGUAUAACCAACAUAGCCUAGUCUGUGUUUUUUAUUCUUCAUGACAAGUGUAUUAGAUUAUAGGCUUUAUUUUAGUGAUGGUAUAUACUGUAUUCUUAAUGUUUUUCUUUAAAGCAGUGAUUCUCAACUCGUGGAUCGCGACCCAAAUUUGGGUCACGGGAGGUUUUGAAUGGGUAUACCCAUUGUAACUUCUUGAAUAUUAUCACAUUGCUGUUGUUUUUAUUCUCGUGUCUGAGUAUAAAAUAAAAUAAUUAAAACAUUUACUUAAACGACUAAAAACCAGGUAGAAAGUGAUGAACUAAUUUAAUCUCUGAACUAUUUUUCUUCAAUCAUAGUAUUUUCAAUAUAGAGCUAGCAGUGCUAAUCAGCGAAUUUGGUUGAUUUUUUGGACUCAAACCAGCGAGUUUAUUAACAUUCUUCAUCAAGAAUAUGGGCAAAUUUGACAAAUUUCCUUUGAUGUAUAAUUGCUACAAUUACAAUCAAUAUGGAAUUCAAAAAUAGUUUUCCAGAUUGCAUUUUCACAUAUUUUAUUUCGCAAUGCAAAUACUGGGUCACGACUGAGACAACCUGGUUUAAUUUGGGUCCCGAGGAAAAACCAGUUGAGAACCACUGCUUUCAAGAUCCUACCUUCGGGUUAGGGGGCUGAGAUCCUGUGAUCCUGUGAUUGAAGAAGACAACAAUCUCUUCUUAAUAAAUGAUAUUUCUACUCUAAUACACAUUCAUCAAACUAAGGACAUUUGUGAUGGGUAAGCAAUACAACAUUCUAAGCCUGAAAAAUAAAUACAAAAUAAAACAAAUAUAUUCAAUAAAGUUAUAUA